AUGGCCUUGAGAAGAGGCAAUAUUCUUAUAUUACAAGUGAUGGCAUUAUUUCAGAUUCAGAUAUGCAUGUCAGAGAUUAAAAGGACAGACUUUCCAAAUGGCUUUAUAUUUGGCACUGCCUCUUCAGCGUUUCAGUAUGAAGGAGCAGUGAAAGAAGACGGAAGGGGACCAUCUGUGUGGGAUACAUUUUCACAUACUUUUGGCAAGAUAACAGAUUUCAGUAAUGCUGAUGUUGCGGUGGAUCAGUACCACCGAUACGAAGAAGACAUACAACUAAUGAAGGACUUGGGGACGGAUGCCUAUAGAUUUUCUAUUUCUUGGUCUCGGAUUUUUCCCAAUGGAUCUGGCGAAAUCAAUCAGGCAGGAAUUGAUCAUUAUAAUAAACUCAUCAACGCAUUACUGGCCAAAGGAAUUGAACCUUAUGUGACCCUCUACCACUGGGACUUACCUCAAGCCUUAGAAGACAAGUAUACUGGAUGGCUCAGCACUGAGAUCAUAAAGGACUUUGCAACUUAUGCUGAGACAUGCUUUCAGAAAUUCGGGGACAGGGUGAAGCAUUGGAUAACAUUUAAUGAGCCUCAUACAUUUGCCACACAAGGAUAUGAUGUUGGUCUACAGGCACCUGGACGGUGCUCCAUUCUCCUUCACCUGUUUUGUAGGGCAGGGAACUCAGCAACUGAACCUUACAUUGUUGCUCACAAUGUCCUGCGUUCUCAUGCAGCAGUAGCAGAUAUUUAUAGGAAAAAAUACAAGAAUACACAGGGUGGAUCACUUGGGAUAGCUUUUGAUGUCAUUUGGUUUGAACCAGAAACUAACACCCAAAAAGACAUUGAAGCAGCUCAGAGAGCUCAAGAUUUUCAGCUGGGCUGGUUUCUUGAUCCUUUGAUGUUUGGAGAUUAUCCAAGCUCAAUGAGGAGUAGAGUAGGAAGCAGGCUUCCAAAAUUUUCUCAAUCUGAGGCUGCUCUUGUUAAGGGUUCAUUAGAUUUUGUGGGAAUCAAUCAUUACACCACGUUUUAUGCAAGAGACAAUUCUACUAAUUUAAUUGGAACUCUGCUCCAUGAUUCCAUUGCAGACUCCGGUACCAUAACCCUUCCAUUCAAUGGUACUAAAACUAUUGGAGAAAAAGCAAAUUCUAUAUGGUUGUAUAUUGUGCCACAAGGUAUGAGAAGCUUAAUGAACUACAUCAAACAAAAGUAUGGGAACCCUCCCGUCUUUAUCACGGAAAAUGGGAUGGAUGAUCCAAAUAAUCCAUUUAUCUCCAUUAAGGAGGCUCUAAAGGAUGAGAAACGGAUUAGAUACCACAAUGGCUAUUUAUCUUCCUUACUGGCUUCUAUGAAAGAUGGUUGUAAUGUGAAAGGAUAUUUUGUCUGGUCACUACUGGAUAACUGGGAGUGGGCAGCUGGAUACUCUUCUAGAUUUGGUUUGUAUUUUGUUGAUUACAAAGACAACCUGAAGAGAUACCCCAAGCAAUCCGUCGAAUGGUUCAAGAACUUCUUGAAACCAACUAAAUAGCCCCGAAAAUAUUAGUUUGU